ACACGGAGCACUUGGCCGCGCAUGCGCACAAACGAACCAGGAAAAGGAGAGAAACAGACAGGAAAGAAAGAUGCUGCUUCAUUUCACUAAAGACGUUCUGCCGGAUUCUGUCAGCACCGACUUUCAAAACCUCAACAAACUCAACGAACAGCAAUUUCAUCGUCUGAUAGAGAUUCUGUUCCAGUUCCUCCUUGAGUCCAAAGAGACGGAGAGGUUCAUGCAGCUGCUCGGCGAGUUUGCAGGGGAACAUGGGAUGAGUGCCGGCCCUCUGAAGAACCUGAUGAAAAGCGUCCUCCUCCUGCCGCAGGGCGCCCUGAAGAAAAACCUGACAGCUGAGCAGAUUAAAGAAGACCUUUUGACACUAGGACUAAGCGAAGAAAGGUCGGCCCACUUUUCCCAGCAGUGGGGGGAGCACUACGCGGCGCUGUCCAGGCUCGGCGUGGCACAGACUCUGAUGGUCAAUCAGCUCGUUGACAUGGACUGGAAGUUUGGAGUGACUGUGGGCACCAGUGAAAUACAGAAAGUGGGCAAUAUCUUUCUGCAGUUAAAGCUUGUCGUCAGAAAGGGGAAUUCCACUGAAAACGUCUACAUGGAAUUGACGCUCCCACAGUUUUACAACUUCCUACACGAGAUGGAGAGAGCCAAGGCCAGCAUGGAGUGUUUCAGCUGAGUGCGAGUGUGUGUGUGUGUGUGUGUGCGUGAGUGAAUUUGAAUGUACGACCAUGUGUGUUCAUGCCCGGCUGUGACUGAGGAGCGGUGUGUGUCAUGUAUUCCGUGUGGGUCUGUGUGUGGCCCUGACUGAAGCUCAACACAUUUAAUUUGCUGGCAGACAUUUCUACUCAAAUAAACAUGGAUUAAAAAAAAAGAAAAACUGUUUUCUC